AGGGGGGCUAGGCCGCGUGCUAACCUUUGUCACACUGAGAAUGGGGAACUAACUGGAACUGGAACAUAGGCAGGACAAAAAGGGGGGCUCCGGCCCUCCUCGAAGUGCAAGUAAAUUUAGAAAAGCAGAAGGUACAUUGACAGGGUCGCGGUGACAUUAAGCUUAUGCUUGACAUGCGGGGACAUAACAAGGGAGGGGGUCGCUGACGCUGCUAAAUUGCAACAUAACAAGACAAGGUAAAAGGGAACGGGUGUGGGGACUAACGCCAGUAAUUUCAAAACAACACUUGUAUGUUACGCCAACUGGAAAAAUACCAACAAGAACAGUAGACGCCCUAAACGGGGUAUAAAAACUAGACCCUGACAAGAGAUAUUGAGCUACUCUUGGUAUGUACUGUUUUGUGCAUCUAAGUGUGCUCCCUGAUUGCAAUCUGUGACGUCAUUAAAGAGAGCUUACUUGCAACCAACCUUCGCCUCAGACUGCAUCCUUCCCUCAUCAACGGACUCGGUGGAGUCUAACUCCAACAAUUUGGGGGCUCGUCCGGGAUGAGGAGGAGGUUGUGCUAAUUGGAACCAGAGACGGGGUCUUGCGGACGCGGACAGCCACGGGGCCCAGAGAAAAAGGUAGGCAGAGCCUGUUUUAUCAAACUCUGCAUAUUGGCUAUUCCUAAAAAGUGGCUGGAAGUGUCUCAGGAUCUGUCAACCAAUAUUGGGGCGAGGGUUUGUUGGGGGUGUAGCUCUGAAGGGUCUGGGACCCUUGAGAAUAGUAUCGUUGUUGAAGGGUCUGGGACCCCUGAGAAUAGUACCGUUGUGGAGAGGUCUGGAACCUUUGAGUAGAGUAGUGUUGUUGAAGGGUCUGGGACCCCUGAGAAUAGUAUCGUUGUGGAGAGGUCUGGGACCUUUGAGUAAAGUAGUGUUGUAGAGGGGUCUGGGACCCGUGAGAAUAGUAUUGUUGUAGAAGGGUCUGGGACCCAGGAGGAAAGCACCGGUGUGGAAGGGUCGGGGACCCUGGAGGAGAGAAGGGAGAAGUACUGUUGAGGAGGGUCUGGGACCCGUGAGGAAAGCGCUGUGAUAGAAGGUCUGGGACCUGGGAGCCUUCGCAGGGGGUCAGGGACCCUGUAAAACAGAGGGCUCUCAGAUGUGACGGUGGGUCAGGGACCUCCGUCACAGAACCUAUUGGCAAGGGUCUGGGACCCGUCCGUGGAUUGGCACCCCACCUACUGCUGGCAGGUAGUAGGACAGCUGGGACUGAGCAGCCCGGGGAUAUAGGACCCCCAAGCAGCUCGUUUGGCUGGAGGAGUCAGGUUCAUCCUCCCGAAAACGGGUCAUUGUAGGCCCGAGGUAUAGAGUCCUCGAAGCUACCCUUGUAAAUAAAGUGUAUUUAGUGCGAGUUGGUGACUGGGGGUUGGUGGGGAACUGGUGUGAGAUAAGGUGUACAUAGAGCCAUUUAUUCUUUGCAGUUACGAUUGAUUACUUACUGUUUACUGUUUACUGUUGUCCGUGGCUUGAUAAUUGUGUGUGUGUUUAUGUUUUGGUGGUGUUUAUUGGUGGGGCACUCAGUGACAGCGAAAAGGUGUACUAAGUGUGGAUAGGUCGACUAAGGUAAAAUAUGGAUCACGAAUUUGAUAGAGAAUUGGAUGACGGAGGCUGGCGUCCACCAGUGCGCGGGCGGUGGAAGCCUCUGUCUGAACAAAUGCAGUUGCUAAAAAUAGCAGUGGGUAAAGCAGCACAGGAAAAGGGCAGAGAGAGAGAAGGCAGAUGCGUGGAAGCGUAUGGGUAUUGCAGUGAAAAGUGCUGGAUACAAGCCAGAGGAUAGACAAUCAUUAGGAGCACUUUUAUGGCGUAAGGAAAGGGAGCAUAGAGGCCUGAAAGAUGAGGCAGGAUGUCAGCUGGACAAAGCAGGGGUGUUACAACGGGGAAAGUGGAGAAAAGAGGGAGAGAAACAGGAGUAGGAGAGGCAAGUGUGGGCUCACCUAGCCAUUUUCUGGCAAGGGAUCGAUCACCUGCAUAGGGAAAGUGGAGAUAACGAUAACUGUGACCCAGUCCCAGAGGGGCAGGGAACUAGGAAAAGUGACAAACAACCCCCGGCGUACACCAGCCGUGGGGGAUUUCCCACCGCUCCCCCGGCGCACAUAUGUCCAGUAAUACAUGUUACCGGGGAAACGGUUCAGGUUCAAACCCAGGGGGAAGGGAACCUCCUGGGAAGGGAUGGCGGUAGUGUGGAGGAAAGAGACUCGGAUUGUGAAACCGCUAGGGAUUCCGAGGGAGAAAGUACGGGCACCCCUGGUAAAGGCAGCACUAAGCAAGCCUUCCAGGAAAGGGUGAUCAGAGAGCAAAAGGAGGAGGCAGCCCAGGGUAAUCGGGGCAGCCUCACCCCUCUCCGAGACCGGGCACGGGUUAGGAGAGGGGAAGUUGAGAUUAUCGGUGAAUUGUCGGGGUAUUGUGAGGAAGAUGAGGAUGAGAAAGUGUUGAUUGAUUUGGACGGUGAACAAUGCGAGGGGGUAGAGCCGGAGAGAAGGGAAUCCUCAGGGAAACUGAUUCUCAGGUCCCGCAUUCUACAGCGGCGACCUAGCCUGAAGUCUAAGCAGUUUCCCCUAUUAAGGGGGGCUUCAGGGGGCCCAGAGAGAUACAAGCCGUUCUCUUUGGGGGACGUGCAGGCACUAGCAGACAAGAUGCCCCCCUGCAGACGGGGGAGGUCACUGGAUGGAUAAAUUAGACCAGCUGACGCAGGGAACAAAGUUGGCCUUGGGUGAUUUCAGAGCAGUGGCUGCGAGGUGCCUCACUAAACAUUCUCUGCAGGAAAUAGAGGAAAUGGCAGGGACACUCACUCGCGGUGACAGUGUGACGUAGUGCUGGGCUUGGGGGAAGCCAUGCGGGAGAUGUUCCCCGCCCCAAGUGGGGCUAGCAUGCCAAAAUUUUCGUGGGACCCUAAAACACCCCCCAGAGAAUAUCUGGAUAAAUGUAAGGAGGAUUGGACGCGGAGAACUGGGUGUCACCCGGGGCAGGCGGGGGUUCAGCAGGAGUGGUUCCGGCGAGCGGUCCUGGAAGGUGUCCCUGAGCAAGUGAAAGCAGCUAUUUUGGCUAAUCCUGACCUCCCAGGCGCUGAGUCCCCCGUGUGGGAUAGACAUGUGUUGCAUCAUCUUCAGAGAGCGAGGGACGAGGCCACAAAAAAGGAAGGAGGUCUGAAAGAUUUACAGACACAGUUGUUGAAACUGCAGGUGGGAGAAGCGAGACAAAAAGCACAGACUUACAAAAAGAAAGGGCAGGGGAGACAGAUGGUGGCAGGAGCACCACCACCCCAGUUCGGCCCAUGGGUCGGACAAAAUACCAAUUACAGUAAUCGAGGUUGGGGUCCCCAGCAAUGGGGAAGAGGCCGUGGGGGCCGAGGCCGGGGAGCCGGGAACUGGGGAUGGGGCCGGGGUAUGUCGCAAAGGUGGCCACCGCAGGGAGCUUGUUUCCGGUGUGGGGCUGUGGGUCAUUGGGCCAGGGAGUGCGGGGCAGGACAGGCCCAAGGAGGACCCCCAGCAGGACAAGCGACUGCACCCAAUCCACAGGCUGUUCCCGGAGGAGGGCAGUACCCCACCCUCACCGGAUCCGAGGACUGGGAGUGGGGAGACCCCUCCCAGUGACGGUGCCCACGGGUGGCCCGGGACGCAGGGGGGGCAGACCCCAUGCUGUCCCUAAUGGUCAUGGACAAAGAACUGCCGUUCUUGGUGGACACAGGGGCCACAUAUUCGACUUUGAAUGUGAUGCCUAACCAACAACAUCUUUCCACCACUACAGUGACCGUUGUGGGCUUCUCCGGGGAAGAGCAGAAACUGCCAGUGACUAAGCCUGUGAGAGUGCGGUUGGGGGGACAGACCUUUCUACACCUGUUUGUGGUCUCCGCUGCAGUGCCUGUGAACCUUCUGGGGCGGGAUAUGCUGGUGAAGCUGGGGGCUUCAAUUCUGUGUAAUGCUGAUGGUUUGGUUGUCACCCUCCCCGAAGGGACCCGCCUGCCAUGUGACGGAGCGACAGGCGGCACCGGGCAGUGGCUGAUGCAACCUGUGUCACAACACCCGGUGGCUGACAUCUACUGGGGCCUCCUGCAGCCUAGCCCGGCGGGUAUCCUGGCGGUGUACUCCGCGUGGCGCUCCUGGAUCUCCCUCCUGGAACCCUACGUUCCUCCGCCCGACCCCCCACAUGUGACACUGUUUUAUGACCGAAAUUCCACAGAAUGGUAUGGGGACCUGUUUUCUGAGCAACUGGAAGGCCACGAGUGGCAAGUUGCUUCCCAAAACAUUUAUGCAGGUCCCGAGGGGGUGGCCUCAGCAGUCCACCUGUCUCCGGAGCAACUGCCCUGGUACAGGAUGGGAGAGGAGACGGUGCCACACGUCUCACUCGCCCUACAUCCUAAGCAUCAGGCCCAAUGGUGAAAAGAGCCAUUUCGGCUACGGACUGGGUUCUCACCCAGAUCCCUCAAAUCUCGUACUCCCCCUCCUGCAGUUCCUACUGUAUUCAAACUAAGGUGACAGACACAGCCAUGUUACAGCAUGAACAAUUGUCUAGGGACCAUGGUAGGGAAAAGAUGGAUCAUCCCGGUGCAGCAGCACUACUGGCUUCUCUGCCAGACUCACUGUGGUCCACCAGCCCCACUGAUGUUGGUUUGGUGGACUGCACGCCCGUCGACUUCCUACUGCACCCCAGUGCUGGACCCCUCUGGGUCAAGCAAUAUCAACACAAACCAGCGGCAGAGGAAGGGAUAGCAGAGACUGUAGCCGGUCUCUUACGGGCGGGUGUAUUAGAAGGGUCCACUUCUCAGUGGAAUACUCCUAUACUCCCAGUAGAGAAGGCAGGAACAGGCAAGUAUCGUAUGGCGCACGACUUGCGCGCUAUCAAUGAGCUGCUGCUGACUCCCACUGUUCCGGUUCCUAAUCCCUACGUCGCUCUCACCAAUCUUACACCGUCCCAAACAUGGUUCACUUGCGUUGAUCUGGCUAAUGCUUUCUUUUCUGUACCACUAGCACCCCACUGCAGGGAUGUAUUCUCGUUCACGUACAGGGGAUGCCAGUUCAGGUACACGCGACUCCCACAGGGAUUUGCUCUGUCUCCUGGGAUUUUCAACCAGGUGUUGAAGCAGUCGUUGCAGGGCUGCCAUCUCCCUGAUGGGGUCACCCUCGUCCAGUACGUCGAUGACUUGCUUAUCGCGGCCCCGACAGCGGAGGCGGCGCUCGAGGCAACGCGGUCAGUGCUCCUCUGGCUGGCAGAAAAAGGAUUUAAGGUCAGUAAGGAUAAGAUACAGGUGGCCCGGACGGUGGUGUCCUUCCUGGGGAGGGUCCUGUCAGGUAAGGGAACAGGGCUCUCUCCGGCCCAUCGGUCAGCCAUCCUGAAUCACUCCAAACCAAUUAUUGUGAAGGACAUGUUGUCCUUUUUGGGACUGACCGGCUACAGCCGAACUUACAUUGCAGAUUACACAGGUCUGACGCAACCCCUGAGGGCUCUGGUGCGGCCACAUGGCCUGCGGAGCCUCAGCGCCACUCUGACGUGGGAUCAACCUGCAGAGGAGGCUUUCAUCUCUCUCAAGCAGAGGUUGGCCCAAGCAGCUGAUUUGGCGUUACCUGAUUAUUCUCUCCCGUUUCAUUUAGAUGUUUCUGAAACUGCGCCCCCUGUGAACGCCGUCUUGUUUCAGAAAAAGGGGGGAGAGAGGAAGGUAUUGAUGUAUAUUAGCACCAAACUCGACACCACAGAACAGCGACAUCCGUCAUGCACCAGACAUGUGGCAGGAGUGGCAAAAGCCGUGCAGAAAACAGCACACAUUGUGAUGGGCCAUGCCCUACACAUCCUGACCACGCACAGUGUGGUGGCCUAUGUGAACUCACAAACGUUCACAAUGACGUCUCUAAGACAGCAGAGGCUCAGCAAAAUUUUAGAGGCACCACAUUUAACUUUUGUCCAUGAGGGCAUCAACAUGGCUGAUCGAAUGGGGGGAGGGGCACCCCACGAAUGUGAGGCCAGGGUUAGGAAAGAGGAAAAGGUCAGGGAGGACCUAACAGCCGAAAAGAUAGAAGGUACGGAGGAGUGGUUUACCGAUGGAUGUUGUUUUCGAACAGAGAGUGGAAGUUUGCAAGCAGGUUUUGCAGUGGUAGCGAGAGAAGGCCUGGGAUUCAGGACACUGAAAGCAGAAAGACUGGAGGGGGCCCAAUCGGCCCAGAGAGCGGAGAUCAGGGCAGUCAUUGAAGCUUUGAAAUUGGCCGAAGGUAAAGCAGUCACCCUCUAUUCAGACUCAGCGUAUGCGGUGGGGGCUGUGCAUGUGGAACUCAGCCAGUGGCUGAGGGCUGGGUUCUUAACGGCAGGAAACAAACCGAUUAAGCAUGAGGCAGAUAUGAGAGAGUUAGCGGAGGCAUUGAUGCUUCCGGAGAAAAUAGCUGUGGUAAAGUGCAAAGGACAUGAGGGGUCAGGGACAGUGAUAGCACAAGGCAAUCAAGCAGCAGAUGCGGAAGCAAAAGUGGCAGCGGGGUAUGAGGUAAGCAGGCAGAUGGUUACAGUAGAAGAGGAACUGGAGGGACAGGGCAGGCUGACCUCAAGCAGGAUCCGAGUCAUGCAGGCGCAAGCCUCCCCAGAGGAGAAGAACAUGUGGGCAGAAAAGGGGGGCAUAGAAACAGAGGGCCUGUGGUGUAACAGGGAGGGGAAGCCAGCCCUCCCUCUGGGAAUUAGGCAACAGGUCAUAGAGGAGGCACACGGUGUGGGGCACGUAGGGACAGGACAGAUGCUUCACAAUUUGAGAGCAUGGUGGCAUCCGUUCCUGAAGGAUAUGGUAAAGGAGUUUGUGAGAAGCUGUGAGAUCUGUGCGCUGCACAACCCGAGACCCACGCUAAAACCAGAAAAGGGUCAGUUUCCAGCAUGUCAUAGGACUGGAGAGGAAAUAGUCCUAGACUACACCGACAUGAUAAUACCGGUGCGGGGGAGGCGAUAUGUACUGAUGUGUGUGGAUGCAUUCUCAGGGUGGCCAGAAGCCUGGCCCACUAGGAGAGAAGACGGGGCCUCGGUGGUGAAGUUCCUAGUAAACCACUAUAUACCCAGGCAUGGGUUCCCCGAGAGGGUGAGGUCAGACAAUGGUUCACAUUUCAAAAGCGAGGAUCUGCAGAAGGCAGAAAGGGCGUUGGGACUUAAACAUGCGUUCGAGACAGUGUAUCAUCCUCAGUCCCGGGGGAAGGUGGAACGCAUGAACCAGACGGUCAAACAAAAAUUGGCAAAAAUCUGUGCACAGACUAAAUUGAAUUGGGUUGAGGCAUUACCCCUGGCACUAAUGUCAAUCAGGUGCUCCAUAAAUCGGGGAACCGGGUUCACUCCGUUCGAGUUGCAGACAGGACGACAAUUCCCCGGGCCCUACGGAGGACUCGAGGGAAAACCAGAACAAGGAGGGGUAAGCACGGCCAAAGCAUAUUAUGAGGAGUUACAGGUGCUGGUGACAGAUUUCUCCAAGCAGGUCCAGGAAACGAGACCAGGGGCCCAGCCAGCCAAGCCACAUACAGCGGAGUGGGUCCUUCUGAAGGUCAUCAAAAGGAAGUGGUCAGAGCCCAGGUGGACCGGCCCCUUCCAAGUCACGGAACGGACGUCUCACGCGGUGCGGCUGAAAGGCAAAGGUGAAACCUGGUACCAUUGGAGCCAGUGCGCAGCGGUAGCAGAGCCCAGCAGAUCAUUUGCCGAGAUCCAGGAGGACCUCGCCGACAGCGCAAAGCAACCCGGUUCGGCUGAACUGGCAGUAACUCAGGUCCCAGCAGUAGGGGCAGAAUAAUCCCCUGACCUGAAGCAACCAGCAGGGUAGUCCACCCCUGACUGAAAGAAGACGACUACACCUCAUCCACCAGAGAAAGAUCGGGACCAGGAUGAUGAUGAUGAUCAAGAUAAAAAGGGGGACUUUGGGGGAAAGCAAGUAAUGCGUAUGACGUAUAACGUGACUAACAUGCCGAUGGUGAAAAUGUACGGUUCUGUCACUAAGGCGCUAGAAGGUCUCCACACCCUCUCUUACACCCUACAUGAGCAGUCUGGUAUCGUGCACGUGUGGGAGGACUGGAUCGCCUCUAAGUUAAGGGACUAAUCGCUUCGCUACUUAUAUCAAUCGCUACGUUUCUCGCAAUAACCGUUACCUGUGGAUGUUGUUGUAUUCCCUGCCUGCGGGCUCUCGCUGUCAGACUCAUCACCACCGCCAUAGAGAAAAAGGCUGAGGAACCCCCUGACACGUAUGUGCCCAUGAUGCCUCUGCUGCCGAUUAAAGAGGUGGGGGAGUUUGAGGAGGGGGUCAUCGGCCUGUCUCUGGUUAGUCUGGAGCGCCCGCUGUAAGUAGUGAUCUCCUUGCGGAGAUCAAAAUGGGGAUACCACAAAUUUUCGCGCAAAGCAAUUUAAUCAUUAAAACCAGUAAUGAUCUCUUAGUAGAGAUCAAAAGGGGGAAUUGAAGGGGGGCUAGGCCGCGUGCUAACCUUUGUCACACUGAGAAUGGGGAACUAACUGGAACUGGAACAUAGGCAGGACAAAAAGGGGGGCUCCGGCCCUCCUCGAAGUGCAAGUAAAUUUAGAAAAGCAGAAGGUACAUUGACAGGGUCGCGGUGACAUUAAGCUUAUGCUUGACAUGCGGGGACAUAACAAGGGAGGGGGUCGCUGACGCUGCUAAAUUGCAACAUAACAAGACAAGGUAAAAGGGAACGGGUGUGGGGACUAACGCCAGUAAUUUCAAAACAACACUUGUAUGUUACGCCAACUGGAAAAAUACCAACAAGAACAGUAGACGCCCUAAACGGGGUAUAAAAACCAGACCCUGACAAGAGAUAUUGAGCUACUCUUGGUAUGUACUGUUUUGUGCAUCUAAGUGUGCUCCCUGAUUGCAAUCUGUGACGUCAUUAAAGAGAGCUGACUUGCAACCAA